AUGUCGUUCAUGGGGGGAGCGGAGUGCUCGACGGCUGGAAACCCGCUGAGCCAGUUUCAGAAGCAUGUCCAAGAUGACAAGACGCUGCAGCGGGACCGAAUGGUUGGCAGGGGACCCGGCGGCCAACUCAACAGCUUCCGGAGCCAGGCAGCAAACGCCCCCCAGGAUGAGAUGCUGAAUGGUUUCCUCAACGGCGCCCCGAAUCUACAGCAAGAAUUCCCCAUGCAAGCUGGCCCGGGCCCAGCGUUGAACCCAGGCCAACAUGCGCCGAUGCGUGCGAGCACGACGUCCCCAUCCUGGACCCACGACAUCAGCAGCCAGCCUGGCAUGGAGUCGGCCUUCAAGCCCCCGGGUGCGGCUCACUUCAACGCGGAUGAAUUUGCACGAUUCACCCAAUUGAACGGCCAGGCGUCCUCAUCCCGGUCCAGUCCGAUGCAGAGCAACAUGCCCAGCCAGAUGUCGCAGCAAAGGCCGAUGAUGGGCGUCGGCAUGAUGAACAUGGGCAUGAACAGAGGCAUGGGGAUGGGGAUGGGAUAUGGGUCCUCCAUGUUCCAACCCAUGUAUCAGAAUCAGCAGGCGAUGCAGCAGAUGCAGCCGAUGCACGAGCAACAGCAGCAGUCCGAGGGCAAGGGCAAAGGCAAGCUCGUCGAGCUAGACGAUAAAAAGUGGGAAGAACAGUUUGCCCAGCUCGAGCUGCAGGAUCAGGAAGCGGCAGAGCUGCAGAAGGAGCAGGAAGAAGCGAAUGCUGCGGAACGCGAGCUGGACGAGAUGGACAAGGCGAUGCAGUCGGAAACCAACGAGUUCGGUGACUUCGAAUCCAUUUGGAAAGGAAUACAAGCUGAGACUGCUGCUGCCAGAUCCAUGGUAAACGAAGACCAACUCUUCGACGAGUUCAACAAGGAAUGGGACCCGACGGCGAUGCCCGAGUUCCAAGACUUCCAGGCAAUGGGCGACUGGGGUCGAUUCGGCGACCCCAUCGUCGAGAGCUACCUGUUCGAAGAAGCCAACAUCUUCCAAAACGAGAAGAACGCGUUCGAUGAAGGCGUGAGAGUCAUGAAGGAGGGUGGCAACCUGUCGCUCGCGGCCUUGGCAUUCGAGGCCGCCGUGCAGCAGAACCCUAGGCACGUCGAGGCAUGGGUGUACCUGGGACAGGCGCAGGCUCAGAACGAAAAGGAGACAGCGGCGAUCCGGGCCAUGGAGCAGGCGUUGAAGCUCGACCCCAACAACCUCGACGCCCUGAUGGGCCUGGCGGUGUCGUACACGAACGAGGGAUACGACAGCACGGCGUACAGGACGCUGGAGCGGUGGUUGUCAGCCAAGUACCCCAAUGUCUUGGACCCCAAGGAUCUGUCACCGGCCGCCGACCUGGGCUUCACGGACCGGCAACAGCUGCACCAGAAGGUGACGGACCACUUCAUCAGGGCGGCGCAGCUGAGCCCCGAUGGGGAACACAUGGACCCCGACGUCCAGGUUGGCCUCGGCGUGCUGUUCUACGGCGCCGAGGAAUACGACAAGGCGGUCGACUGCUUCCAGUCGGCGCUGCACUCGUCCGAGCAGGGCACAUCCAACCAGCAGGAGCAGGUCCAUCUGCUCUGGAACCGGCUCGGCGCGACGCUCGCUAACAGCGGCCGGUCAGAGGAGGCCAUAGCCGCCUAUGAGCAGGCGCUCUCCCUGGCGCCCAACUUUGUGCGAGCGCGCUACAACCUGGGCGUGAGCUGCAUCAACAUCAACUGCCAGCAGGAGGCGGCCUGCCACUUCCUCGCCGCGCUCGAGAUGCACAAGUCGAUCGAGAAGUCGGGUCGAACCAAGGCCUACGAGAUUCUCGGCGACGGCGCUUCCGCCUCCGGCCAGGUCGACGAGGCGCUCGAUCGCAUGUCGGCCCAGAACCGGAGCAGCACGCUGUACGACACCCUACGCCGCGUCUUCACCCAGAUGGGCCGCAGGGACCUCGCGGAGAAGACCGUUGCGGGCGUGGACCCGGACGUGUUCAGGCCCGAGUUUGACUUUUAG